AUGAAGGGGCCGAGGCGCCCCACGCCAGCCUCCCUUCAGACGCACGCCGAGCCUGUGAGCGAGGUUCCGCAAGCAGCUGAGAGCAUUCGGCAAGCAGAAGCUUUGCUGAUCUGCGCCGGGGGUGCUCUGGACCUCCCGGAAGGUAAGGACGCAGGGGUCUUCCAGCGACCGCCGCUCAGCACGCUGGCCGGCAGCUUGGAGUAUGGCAUCCCGGCGCCAGGAGUUUGCAGCCCGCUGCGCGAGCUCUGGCGAGAGCACAUGCAGGCUGACAGCGCAAGCUUGUUUGACAGUGAUCCGGGACUUGCCUGGGCAUUUUGGGGCUUUUGGAGCCGGCGAUACUUGGAGAUGCAGCCGGACGAGGGCUGUCGCUCCCUUGCAAGCUGGGGCCGGUCCAUGAAGCAAGGAUUCUUCUGUGUCACAUCGACCGUCGAUGGGCACUGGGCACGGGUGGUGGGAGACGAAAGAGUUUGGGAGCUGCGCGGCUCUGUCUCAUUCCUGCAACGCGUUGACGGUACGAGCAAGAUCUGGCGGGUAGGCGAGGGCCACGGGGCGGCCCAGCAGCUGCUCUCUGGAGCUCGCCAGAGCUUUGCAGCCGCUGCCUCCUCCUUGGCCUCCCUGCUGGGCGCGGGACCUGAGCCCAAGUCCGACUGGGAAGGCGAAGAGCUCCCUGGGACGCUCCCCUUGGAGCUGCCCCCUCACUUCGACCUGCAGCCCGGGGAGGCUGUGGAGGUACGGACCCUGGAGGCCGUUGAGAACAGCAGCACCUACGAAUGGACUCCGUGGAAGCGGGCUGUGGCCGCCGGCUCCUUCGGCAUCGUCAGCCCCUCGGGAGCGCCUGUGGCUGCGCAUGCGGUUCGCAGGCCAAAGGGGCCGGACCUGCUUCGCGUGGCUGGGGAGCUGCCGAGGGACCCGGCAGAUUCUUCAUGUCUGGCUCGCCCCAAUGUCGACAUGCACAGCGACUCCAAAUUCGUAAGCUGGCGCUGCGACAGGCAAGAGCAAGCGUAUUUCCAGUGGAGGUCGUCGCUGCCAAGGAGCUGCCGAUUGGUCGUUGUGGAGGUGGGGACCUGGAAGAGUCCUGCGAAGCUCUUGGAUCCAGCAGACUUCCCUUGCGCCACGCUUCUGCGCCUUGGAGUGUCCGGGCGAGUGCCUGAAAUCUGGAAGGGCCGCUGCUGGAGAGUAGCAGGAGACUGGAGCGCAGCUCUGCGACAGCUUUCGGAUUCCCUUGGGCCCUCAGAGCUGCGGGCCGGAGCCAGCGUUGAGAGCACGCCGAGAGCAUCUGCAAGUGCGCAGGGAAUGGCUGAAGCUCAAACUGCAGAGGUCAGUGCCCUGACUUCUGUGGGCUCUGUCACAGGCUCCGAAAAGGAGGAGAAGAGGCCUGCCUACAUAGACACCAAGCGCAAGAAGUCCAAGGCAGGCAAGGAUGGGGGACUCAACUGGGACGAUAUCCCGGAAUACGACAUCGAUGAAGAAGAUGCUUUGGACAAGGUCAUGAACUUUGCAGCGGGCGUGUACACACGUGCAGCUGGGGCUGUUGAGGCCAUGCAGCCGGAUUCGCAGUCAGACGAAGGCAAAGAAAGUGACCACAGCGAAGUAGGCGGUGACGGUGACCACAGCGAAGAAGGCGGUGAAGCUGACUCGCAGAGUUCCGUAGCUCCAAGCGGUCCAAGUAGCAAGAGGCAAAGCCGGCAGAGCGGUGGAGCUGCCGAGUGA